CUCACGGAAAACUGUGGUAACUGUGGUGUACAGCUGCAGAGAUGCGCGACACGGUAAAACAAGGAGAAACGAGGGAAAUGGAACGACAUCACAGGGAAGAAAAGUAACCACUGAAAAAGAAAAUCAUCUGAGAUGCUACGAGAUACCGAGAAACGCCGUCGUCUCUGCGCGCUUUGGACGUAAAAACGCGGACAGGGCUCGGAUCGUAGCCUACAUUGAUCCGAAUACAGUGGACGGGAGGGGUCGAUCAUGGGGAACGAAGCAAGCUUGGAAGGAGGCGAAGGGCCGACGUCCGGGCUACCGGAGGGGCUGGCACCUGACGGGAAGGGCGGCUUCGUCAGGGUGCCCGAUGGGACACCGGUCAACCUGAGUGAACUCAGCGAGGAGCAGAGGAGGCAGCUCGCCGCGGCGAUGUCAAGGGCGCAAGGCAGGCAGCCCGGAGGCGCAGCAGCUGCACGAAGACCAUCAGAAUCUGAUACCCAUCAGCGUUCCCAGCAGGUAGGGGCCUCCAGGGGCCCUACAGGUCUCAGUAAGAGUCGUACUGUAGACGCCUUCAACCAGGGUCCACCUGGCAAGCCCACACCGGGCCGGAGCCCCUCAUCCCUCAGCCUUUUUGAAUCCAGAUUCCGGCAGGAGCCAAAAGACCCAGAGACCAAGUCAUCCAGCAUGUUUGGCUCCAGCUUCAUGUCAUCUAUGACCUCCUCUGUCUCCUCCUCCAUAUCCUCCAUGGGGGAUUCUGUCAACAUCCCCAAGUUUGGGCUAUUUGGAGAUGAGGAGGAGGGAGAUGCAUCUGAAACACAUGAGUCCAAGCAGGGAGGAAAGCCACCAGGCAAGGGCCCUCAGCAAGGGCCAGGUCCAAAGGGACCACAACAGGGCGGACCUCAGAAACAGGGUCAGGGCCCUCCUGGACAGGGGCCAAAACCAGGGCAAGGACCCCCUGGUCAGGGACCCAAGCAAGGACAGGGAUCACCAGGCCAGGGACCAAAAUCUGGACCCCCUGGGCAGGCCCCCAGGCAAGGACAGGGGCCACCAGGCCAGGGGCCAAAAUCUGGCCAGGGUCCUCCUGGCCAAGGACCCCCUGGGCAGGCCCCCAGGCAAAGUCAGGGUCAACCAGGCCAAGGACCCCCAGGGCAACAGGCCCCCAACCCAGGUCAAGGUGCCAUGCAGAGUGGCCCUCCCCAGCAAAAAGGUGGAGCCCCUCAGCAAGGACCUGGGAAGCCUGGACCCAAACCGCAAGGGCCACAAGGCCCUGGGGCUCAUCCUGUAGAGCCAGCUAAGAGCGCAGGGCCUCCUGGUCAGCAGGGGGCUGGAAAACCUGCAGCAGGACUCUGUCCACUGUGUAAGACCACCCAUUUAAACACUGGAUCGAAGGACCCCCCUAAUUACAACAACUGCACUGAGUGUAAGAACCAGGUCUGCAGCCUCUGCGGAUUCAGCCCCCCAGACUCAGCGGGUAAAGAGUGGCUAUGUCUGAACUGCCAGAUGCAGCGAGCGAUGGGAGGUAUGGAUCCCCCUGGAAUGACAAAGCCCAAACAAGGCUCAGCCCCGCCCUCACCCCAGAGACAGGCACCUGGCAAGCCUGGCAAGCUGCUGAUGAAGCAGCAGAGUACCACCGACCAAGGGUUAACGCCGCCAACCACACCGAGGCAAAAGUCCCCAGGUCCUACCUCUCCCGGGCCGCUUUCCCCUGGCUCCUCCUUGGGAGGAUCUCCCAAGAUUGACCCCAAGACAGGCCGCCCCAUUCAGCCGAAGUCCAGCCCCCAGCAGUCUCCAUCUAAAGCCAAACAGGAGUCCAGCUUCUUUGGGGGAUUUGGAGGUAUCAGUCUAGGAAGCUUGACAGACACAGCCAAACCUCCUGCGGCUGCUUCACAAGCUGCCGAGUCCGUUACAGGGAAACUGUUUGGUGGGUUUGGCGGUUUGAUGGAAUCGUCGAAGCCUCAACCACAAGCCGCACCAAAGCAGGAGGAGUCAGUGGCUGGGAAGUUGUUUGGUGGUUUUGGAGGGUUGACAGAAACAGCAAAACCUCCAGCUGCUGCUUCUCAAAUGUUCAGCUUUGGGUCAUCACUCUUGAGUUCAGCUUCUAAUCUUGUCUCUGGAGAGGAAGAGAAGGCAGCGGGUUCUCCACCUGGUUCACCCCUAGACUCUGGACCAGGUUCUCCUGUAGAUUCUGGCCCGGGCUCACCACCAGACUCCCCUUUCUCUCCUCCUGGGUCUCCUCCUGAUUUGGACUCUGCUCCUGACACUCCAACCAAGAAACACCCUAGAACCAUUUCUGUAGAAGAGGAAGUGAAGGUGUCAAAAGCCAAACCUGGACCUGCCCCGGCCUCAACAAUCAAGGAAAGCUGCCCUCUCUGUAAUGUUGAGCUGAACGUUGGCUCAGCAGACACGCCCAACUACAGCUUCUGCACCGAGUGCAAAAAGACAGUUUGCAAUCUUUGUGGAUUUAAUCCUACUCCCCAUUUAGGAGAGAAAGAAUGGCUCUGCCUCAACUGUCAGACCCAAAGAGCCAUGUCUGGCCAGCUGGGAGACAUGCCAACUCCAGCCAUGGCUUCCCCAAAGAAGCAACCAGCUGCUCCUACUCCCUCUUCCACCCCUGCCCCUGCUGCUCUAGAUAGCAAACCUGUAGUAGAAGCAGCAGACCUAACCCCACCAGCUCCUGAUACCAAGGUAGUCCCCGAAACCAUUACCACACCUGAGGGUGGAUUAAUUUCCUCUCACCAUGAUUCCUCUCAUUCUGUCCCUUCCCCUCCUCCUGAUAGUACCCCUCAGGAAACACCACAGUCACAAGAACAAAAACAACCACUGCCAGCUGAACCAGUGACUGAGCCUGUAAUUCACCAUGAACAACAAGCUCCAAUUUCUGAGAGUGUUGCUGAGAGUGUCCCUGCAUUCCCAGCAGUUGAGCAAAAGCAGAACAGCUCUGAGAAAAUAGCAGAGAACAGUCCUCACUCUGACACAGAGCCAUCUAAUGUUGAGCAACAAGCACAGAGUUCACCUGUCAGUAGCAUCCCAGCAGGUCUACAACAGAGUAGCUCUGAGAAUGCGACAGAGGACCUUUCUCCCUCUGUGGACAGUGAGACGCAAAAUCUAACGACUAAUACAGGUUUAGACAAGACAACUGUCCCUGCUGAGGUAGAAACAGAGCCAAAUCCCAAGAUUACUAAGAGUGAGACUGCAGCUUCCCUGACAGAUUAUGAGAAAGUGGAGCCCGUUCCCAAAAAUCUUCCAGAAGUGACAAGUAAUUCAGUUGAGCCAAAACCUGCCUUGAUCACAGAAGCAGUUUCACAGGAAGUUCCUGUUCAGCUUGAUUUAAAGCCAGAUUGCUCAGCUCCAAAUGUAAAAGAGGAAGAAAUAUCAGAGGUAGGUUUACGUAAGCCAAUUGAGGAACCCCAGAUAGAUGAAACUACUCCAGCAGGUCAAACUCCAUCAGGUACAAUAGACACAGCUUUUAAUGUGGAGCAAACUGACAUAACUACAAAACCAGAGGCCGACAGUGUAGCACCUGAUGUCAAAAAUGAAGUUACGACAGAAAUAAAGGCAGAACCAGAACUUAUAAUAGAGAAGCCAGUGUUCAGAAUGCCUGAUUGUCCUGCAGUUGGGGUUGCAGAAAAUGUAGCACCUAUUGACAAUGUUGAGGUCCCUAAAUCUGACGAGACCCAGCAAGAAUUAAUACCAAAGUCAGCAAAAUGUGUAGAAUCUGAAAGUUCCUUAAUAGUGUCAGAUAACAAACACACUGUAUUAACUUCAGAUGAGGGAAGUCAAGCUAAUAAAGUAGGAAAUGAACCAAUAGGUAAAGAGGAGGAGCCUUCUCCACUUGACCCAGCUGAUAAGUCAGCUCAUGUUGCUCCAGAUGAAGGAGAAACCAAAGCACUAGAGGAAGCAAAAGAGGAGAACACUGUUGCAAAUAAUGUUUUUGAAAAAGUUCUUAUUGAAGGGGCAGCUAAGCAGAAAAUACCCAAUGAUCUAUCAGUUGAGAUGGAAACAGUGAAGGACACUGCUGAAGAAAAAGCUGUUGAAAAAGAAACCAUUGAGGAGAGAGGUAUUGAGAAGGAAUCAAUUGAGAACAAAACAUCUAAUAUCAAAGCCUUUGAAGAGCAGGGAGUUCAAAUGACUGCAGCUAUUGCAGAGACGGUUAUUGAAGUAAAAGAUGACAAAGGGGAAUCUUCUAAAGAAGAGGCAACUAAACAGAAAACAGUUGAGAAGGCAGAUGAUCAGAAAGAUGAUAACGCUGAAUCAAGUCCAGCACCCUCCGCUACAGACACAGAGAAUGGUAGUCCUGCAAUAGACAAAAAAGAGUCAGAAAUAGCAAAAGAGACAACUCCAACUGUUACUGAUGAAAUCCCAAAACAAGAGAUACUGAUACAUAAAGAGAUAGAACCCGACUCAAAGGAUGAGCCAUCACCCGCUGAGAGAAGCCAUGUUGGGACAGCGUCAGUGCCAGAGGAGUCCGAGGAAAAAGAAAAACCUAUUGUUGACGCAGAAAAUGUAGCACAUAAAGAAGAAAAACAGAUACCUACAGAUACAAUGGUAAAAGUAGAUAAUAAAUCUGAGGUUACCCCUGUUUCCCCAACUCCUGAUUCUAAAGAGCAAGAAAAGGUUAAUGUAAAUGAAUCCAUGCAAAGUGUAGAGAUGGUGUCAUCCUCAGCUGUCAUUAGUGAGACACAAGUCAGAGAUGAAGCCUGUGAGGAGAAACUCAUUCAGGAUGCGACUGAAGCCGGUUCACAAAAUACAAACAGUAGUGCUGAAAAUCAACAUGAAGUAGAGAGGGAGACGUUAGCUCUGACAAGCAGUGAUGAGAAGCCGCUUGAGAAAGUUGCAGAGCAAAAGCUGUUAAUCAAAGAGAAGGAAGGAAAACUUGACAAAAAAGAGGUUGAGUCACAACCUGUUGAUGGCAAUAUCCAGGAUUUUAUUUCAGUAUCAGAAACAAGCACAGUCUGUGACAAAGAUGGCACUGCAGAGUUUGAUGUAGGAAAGAAUACAAUUUUAAAGAAGGAUGAAGUAUCAGAUACAGCUUUUGAAAAUGGAGGUGUGUCUGCAUCAGUAGUUCCAGUCCCUGUAGUAGAACCUGAAAUCCCAUUGUCUGUAGUUAGUGAGCAGGACAAAGGCCCAAAGGAGAAGGACACUAACAUGGAGGAGAAAAAGGAGGCUGUAGCUCAGCCUCUGGAACAGUCCAGUGGUGAUGAUGCAGUCGCUGAGGUGAAAACACUGGAGACCUUGAAGGAGCCUGGAGAGAAAGAAGUGGCUGCCAAGGACAGCAGUCCCACCAGUCCAUCAGACCUAGCCAAGCUGGAAAGCACAGUCCUUCCCAUUCUUGAGGCCAAGGCAAGCACGCAACCAAAGGAUAAUGAGGAGAAACUAACAGACAGUCUAAAGACCAGACGUAAAUUAGAGGCGCUACCUCUCUCACCUGACUCACCCAGCUCAGAAGAUGACCGAGAACUUUCAGAGAAGAAUACCAAAUGUACCACUAAGAAAAAGCUCCUUGUGCCCAUGGAUGUCAGGGCAGAUUCCCUGGAUGAUAGCAGUGAAAGUUUUGGAAAGGAAAGCCCAAUGUCUGGGGACGAUGAGGAAUUUAUCCGGAAACAGAUAAUGGAAAUGAGUGAGAAUGAAGAUGCUUCCCCGUCUGAUGAGGAAAACCUAAUCCGGAGCAAGAUCAGAGAGAAUGAGAAGAAACAAAUGCAACAAAAGACAGUAGAGGUUGUUGAGAGGAGUGCGUCAGGAAAAGCCAGGCGACUUACCAAAAAAAGCACUAUAAGUCCAGAUGAUGAAGAAGAUAAGCAACUCCGUGGCUCAUUUGAUAAACCUGAUAUAAACAAAGAGGAGGGACAAGAACCAAAAGAAGAGGAUCAUCAGAGUGGUACUGGAGUUCGCAAAUUUCAAACUAUGGAGCUGAAUUCAACCAGCAGCCCUAUGGGUAUACCUAAUGAUGAUGGAGAGCCUGAAAUGGAAAGCCUUACAGACUCUCCAGAUGACCGGUCAAGAGGUGAGGGGUCAUCCAGUCUACAUGCAUCCAGCUUCACUCCUGGGACAUCCCCAACAUCUAUCUCAUCACUGGAUGAAGACAGUGACAGUAGUAGUCCCAGCCAUAUUCGUUCUGGUGAGGGUAAACAACACAGAAAAGCCAAACACAGACAACCUGGUCAAACGCUGCCAACUAUUGAAGACUCUUCUGAGGAAGAAGAGUUACGGGAAGAAGAGGAACUGCUCAGGGAGCAAGAAAAACAAAAGGGUUCUGGGAAAAAAUCCAAGAAAGACAAAGAAGAGAUUCGAGCCCAGAGAAGGCGAGAGCGUCCAAAAACACCACAAAGCAAUCUUUCCCCCAUUGAAGAUGCUUCACCAACUGAGGAACUGAGGCAAGAGAUUGAGAUGGAGGAAAUCAGACGAUCAUCCUGCUCAGAUUUCUCCCCCAGUAUUGAAUCUGAUUCUGAAGGAUUUGAAAUCCAUCCUGCAAAGAUUGCAGCAGUUCAGAAAACCUAUCAACUGCCUGUAUCAGUAUCUCUUCACUCUCCAACAGAUAAUCAAAAUACUGAUAAACCACAGAAAAAAUCUCUCAAAUCUGCUGAUGAGGCUUAUGAGGAAAUAAUGCUGAGGGCUAAGUCUCCAACACUUGACAAAGGUGAGAUUCAACUGGAAAAAGAGUCCCUUUAUGGAGGCAUGCUUAUUGAAGACUAUGCCUAUGGAUCUCUUAUUGAAAAUCCAUCGGAUAAUCUGGGGGAGCCAGAGAAGAUUAUUGUUCCUGUCCAGCCCAAAACGCUUAGAUCACCAGAUGAAGUUUAUGAAGAUAUGAUAAAGAAGAGGAAGGAGUUUAUGCAGCUGGAGCAGGAAUAUGAAAAUAUUCAGCCAAAAAAUGAAAGCACUAACCCAGAAAUUGUGUUGCAACCUGCGGAGAAUAUCGUCCCUAAACACAGCAUAGUAACAUUUGGCAAAGAUGGAAAGCCAUUGUUGGAUGCUGAAACUGCAUAUGAAGAGCUAGUUAAAAGAGUGCUGACUCCUGGAACAAGUCCAACUCAGCAGGAGCCAGAACCAGAAGCCAAUGCAUUGAGAAGGGCACUCCAUCCCAUUCCAGACUUAAAGGUGACUCAGUGUUCUUCAGGAGAGUUGUCUUCUGAUGACGAGAGUAUGAUUAAAAAGGAAGCAGAUACAACUGCAGUGUCAGACACAACAUCACCUAUGGAAACUGAGCCUGUGACAGUGUUUUCUGAGUCGCCUCCAACAUCCACAUCAGAUCAGCAACCUCACACCACUAUUGCAGAAUCACAGGCUGAAAUUGUUGACUUAUCUAGUGCACUCCCAAGAACAUCAGCCCCUGUAAUUGUAAGUGUUUCACCCUUGCCCACAGUCCCCCAGUACACACCCACUAUUCCCAGCGUAGUUUCAACUGCUCCACCUAUACCCCCCAAGCCAAGUGUCCUGCGUCGGGCUAAUUCUCAGGAAAAAGCAGAAGUACCUGUUGCACCACCACUGCCUCCUCCCACCCCACCAAAACCUACUGUUUUCCCCAGGAAAGCUCCAGUUCCACUUCCACCUCAGGCUUUAGCAACUCCAAUCAGGUCUGAGAUUGAGGCUUCGACUGCAGCCCAAAUACCACCUACAAGACAAACAGUUACCCCAAUGUACAAGCCUCAUGUUCCCCCUCCUGUUGCACCAAAGCCAUCCAUUAAUGCAGGGAUUGCGGAUAGCCACCGACCAGGACAUGGUGUCAAACCACCAAUUGCACCAAAGCCUGGCUCACAGCCGUCUUCACCUGCCCAUGCUUCACAUCUACCAAGACCCACUGUGCUUCCCACUGGUCCUGCUGACAUAGUCCUGAAUCUGAGCCCUUCCUCUGAGAGCAAGCUGUUUCAUCCCUCACCAAAGUCCCCUUCUUCUCCAAGAUAUGCUAGCAAUCAUCGUGACACAUAUGUAGUCAUCACACUGCCAUCUCAGCCCAGCUCUCCAGUAGAUAGUGUCUUAACUCAAGCUCCCUCUAGCCCUGGCCCAGUAUCUCCUUCACGCCAACCUCAGCCCCAAAGUUAUUACCAACCACAGCCGCAACCUCAAUCUUAUCCACAACCAAUCCCUCAUCAAACAACCAGGGUGCCUCUGGCAUACACACGAGUCACAGAAUCCAUUGAAAGUCAAGAGAUUUGUGGCCCAGAAAAACAUGUAUCUAGUUCUUGUCACACAAUUGAGGCUGUAUCUGCCUCAGCACAGCCACCUAUGGUUAUGCCUAACCUGAUUUCUCAAGUGGUCACUACCGAAGUCCAAAGGACCACUGUCUCUGUUGUUCAUGAAAGAACACCACCACCACUGCCAGCUCCAAGGGCAAAUGGUGUCCCAAUCUCGAUGGAGAAACCUAAGCCCCAAUGGCCAGCACAGAAUGGACAUGCUGUCCAACCCUCUGAGGUAGUAGAUCUUAGGACUAUGAAGGUGGACCCAGGAUCAAACAUAGAAGGUGUGGAUCUGUCAGCUGGCCCAGACUCAAGACGUCAGUCCAUUGCUACUGACGUCCUUCGUCAGAACAGUGCAGUGCAGUCACCUGUGGUCAACCUCAGUGCUGAUUCAUCCACUGUUUCUAUAGUGACUGAUAGUAUCACCAUUGUGACCUGUGCUGCUACAAUCCAGCAAUGUGACAAUGUAGACAUCUCUCAAGUAUCUUCAGUACCCCUUCAGCUAACAAAAAACAAAGUAUUUGAGCCAGUUUCUCAAAUUAUAUAUCGACCAAUUGAUUCUCAGCUUUCCAUUCAUGCUGGUACAGAGGCCCCUAUUAACCUCUCAGUUGGAUCAAGCACAGGUGGAGGAACUUUCCAGACCACCCCUGUCACUGUUGCACCCACUUUUCUUUCAAGUUGUGUUGCCAAUGGAUUAAUGACGGGUACAACCACAGUGGCAGGAGCUGUUGACCUUAGCACAACUAAAUCAUUCAACACUUUGGUAUCAGUGGAUGCUGCAGAAGUGGUCACAGCUGUAAUCACAGAUGAUGAUGGCAAACCAGUGGAUCUGACUGCAGGAAAAAGAGCUGUAUGUUGUGAUGUUGUAUACAGGCUCCCAUUUUCAGGAAUCUGCACUACUCAGCAACCUACCACACCCUUGCCUGAAGAUCGUUUUGGAUAUCGGGAUGACCAUUACCAGUAUGACCGAUCACCUUACGGCAUACGAGGAUUUGGUGGAAUUAAACCAUCAAUGUCAGACACUAAUCUAGCAGAAGCUGGGCUGUUCUUUUACAAGAGUAAGAACAGCUAUAAUUUCAGUGGUACCACAGAGGGUGCAGUUGAUCUUACCUCAGCAAAGAUUUCUGAUGCAGGUGAAGCUGUUGACUACUCCAAGAAAGGGACUUACGCAGGAAUGACAAUUCCGCCCUAUUCCCAAGCCAGAGUUACAAGUGCUGUCGGUACACUCUUUGGUACAAGCAGCGUCUUGAGGUCAUCAAAUGGGGUGGUCUAUUCCUCUGUUGCAGCACCAAUCCCAUCUACAUAUGCCAUUACUACCCAACCUGGGUCCAUCUUUAGUACAACAUACAACACUCUGUCAGGUAUGCAUACCAGCGACACCAUGCCUUCCCUGUCCAAUCUCCAGAACUUGCCACUUACACGUUCCCACAGUUUCCUGUCUACCCUCUCCAUUUCUGCAACAGAAGAACAAGGAGAUGCCCCACUGAAUUUGGAGAUCUCUAGAGGAAGUAGUAGUGCUGCUGUUGGCACAGUAACAAGCUCUUUAUCCCUUGACACCUACACUGAUGCAUCCCUGGAGGCCAUAGCUGCUUCACUUGAGGCUCUGUCUUCACCUUUGGUUCCUGGGGAUGGCCAAUAUCAGGCAGAGCGUGAGAGGCUAGAGAUGGAGAAACUCAAGCAACAGCACCUGGCUGAGGAAUUAGAGUGGGAGCGCCAGGAGAUUCAACGCUUCCGAGAGCAUGAACAGCUCUUGGUGCAGAAGGAACUAGAGGAGCUGCAGGCCAUGAAGCAGCAGAUCCUGAACCAACAAGAAGAGGAAAGACAGGCUCACCUUAUGAUGCAGAAAGAAACCUAUGCCCAGCAACAGCAGCAACUUGAGCAGAUCCAGAGACUCCAAGAGCAACUGCGCAUGCAACUAGAAGAGCAAAAGUUUCGUCAGAUGUACCCAGGUGGGGACAUACCAGGGCAUGGUGUGCAGGAGGCACUUGUCUUAGGACCUGAUGGCACAGUCCUGUCUCGAAAGAUCACAGACAGUGGGUGCCAGACAGAUGAAGAGGAUGAGACAAUCAGCAAAGCCUACACAGCAGGAAGAAAAAAGAGAAGUACUAAAAAGAGUGUUGACAGUUGUGUGCAGACUGAUGAUGAGGAUCAAGAGGAAUGGGAGGCUGAGACCAGAAACCGACAAAGCCGGCCACGCACUGCCAGGGGUGAUAGGGGUGGGCAUUCAGAGAUGUCUCUUAAAGCCCAUACUGAGAUUUCUAUACAAACAGAUACAGAGGGCAACAUUAGAAUGGACACCAGGAUGGAGCUGUCUGACUCUGAAAGGACCUCACCAAAGAAAAGACCUAUCCCCUUAGAAAUAGACCAAUCUCCGAACCUGAAAGUUGAUUCCUCUACGCUUCAAGCCCCUCCUAAAUCUCCCAAAGUGCUUUAUUCCCCCAUAUCCCCCUGUAUAUCCCCUAGCAAAUCCCUUGAAUUUGUGUCCUAUGACAAAUCACUGGGUGAUACAAGCCCACAAAAGCUAAGAGGAAGUACCGAUCUAUUAAAAGCCUCUCCAGCAAGUCCCAGGGGACCCAAACCCAUGCAGAGAUCCAUGUCUGACCCUAAGCCCUUGAGUCCAACAGGAGACGAAAGGGCAACAUCUGGCACCCAGUAUGGUGAAAGCUAUACUGAGAAAGGCUCGAGUGGCACACCAACAGGAACUCAAAAGAAAGUAAAGAGGACUCUCCCCAAUCCACCGUCAGAGGAAGAGACAACAACGAGUGGCCAGACAGCAUACAGCACUGGUUCGGCCCGUCGAAGAAUGUGCCGCAAUUCCAACAUGGCACGUGCCAAGAUCUUACAAGACAUUGAUCGUGAGCUAGAUCUAGUGGAGCGUGAGUCCUCUAAGCUCCGCAAAAGACAAGCAGAGUUAGAUGAAGAGGAAAAAGAGAUUGAUGCCAAACUUAGGUAUUUGGAGAUGGGCAUUAAUCGUAGAAAGGAUGUGCUACUGAAGGAGAGAGAAAAGAGGGAAAGGGCAUAUUUACAGAGUGUUGCCGAGGACAGAGACUACAUGUCAGACAGUGAGGUUAGUAACAUCCGAGAGACGAGAGGUGGGCAUGGAAGUGGAGAAGAUGAGGAGAUUGAAGGCCAUGGUCUUGAACGUCCCAGAACGGCUCCUCAGUCAGAAUUGGAUGACUUUGUCCCACCUCAAACCAAGCAUGAGUAUGGAAAAUACUCCCAGUACCAAUACAAUCAAAACCAAUACCAGCAGUCUCUAUACCAGACUCCCCAGUCCUACCAAUCUCAUUCCCUCUACUCCUCUGUCCCCUCACUCACUAGCGCCCAGCAGCAAAGUUACCACCAGAUGCUCCUGUUGCAGCAGAAAGCCGCCAGACAAGCAGCUCUCCUCUCAGAGCUUGAUGCAACUAAAUAUGAAGUCAUUAGCCGCCAGCCUGAUCCCACAUCAUCAGCUUACCUGGGAGUCACGUAUGACAAAUAUGGCAACCAUCUUGACCUCAGAGCCUUGGAGGUGGGAAGUAUAGCACGUAGCCCCAUGUCAGCUGUCUCUGAUUCCUAUUAUACAGAUGUAGAUCACCAUACACCUCGGAGUUACAUGUUGCUGGAAGAUGCUGCAGAACUGGCUAAGGGCUCCACAGGUCUGUCUUCAUCUUACAGUCUGGCUGAGAGGGAGCUGGCCAAGGCCGAGAAGCUGCUGCGUAGGAGUGCUGCAGAUCUGGGGUCUACUGACUAUCUGGGAUCCACCUCAAGACUCCAUACUUUUGGAAAGACCCCUGAUGAAGAGGAUACAAUGGAGGAACCCUACGAACUAAAACUCCUGAAGCAGCAGCUCAAGCAAGAGUUUAGGAGAAGUACGGGUGGGACAGAAAACUUAGAACAACUGACAGGCCUCUCCCAGCACUACUAUACCCCAAGCACUAGCAUAUCUAGUUACUCCCAAAGAAAUUAUCCAAAGUCAGACAAGUACAGCAUCAGUCGACUUACUCUAGAGAAGCAGGCGGCUAAAAAUCUCCCAGCAUCCAUGCUGUACCAAAAACAUAAGGCUCCAUUGUUAGAGCCUAAGAUCUCUUCCAAGUAUUCUUCUAUGACAGAUAACAGAGGUUUGGAAACAGACUAUACCAGCUAUCUUGGGACAACCAGUGCAUCGGUGAGAUCCAGCAGGCUCUCGCAAGAUGAGAUUACCUUCGGCCUUCGUAAGAAUAUUGCAGAGCAACAAAAAUACCUGGGAUCCACCUUGGGUGCCAACUUGGCUGGGUCACUAAACUUGGGCCAGAGCUUAGGUUUGGACUCUGCCUAUCCUAGUGGCAGUCGCUCAAGACCCUCAUCCAGGCCCACAUCUUGCUAUGGCCUGGACUUGUCUAUCAAAAGAGAUCCUUCCAGCUCUUCACUGAGACUUAAAGGAGAUGGUGAAACAUCUGCCGAAGUACCAAGCUUUCAAACCCCAUCUGGUCGCACGAAACCCACCAGCCUCCCAAUUGUGCAAAGUGGCCGUGGCCGUAUACCCAUAGUGGCCCAGAACUCAGAGGAAGAGAGUCCAUUGAGCCCUGUUGGGCAGCCUAUGGGCAUGGCCCGUGCAUCAGCAGGACCUCUGCCACCCAUUUCAGCUGAUUCAAGGGAUCAGUUUGGUUCCUGUUUGUCCUUGCAGGACUCCCAGCAGCCACAACAUAUCAGGGAAGAGCCAACCAGGGGUAGGGGUUAUGUGCUGCUGGAUGACCUGCAGGGCACCAUGUCAGAUAGUGAAGCACUAAGUGAUUCCCUGAUGGCUUUGAACAGAGACGAUGCAUCCAAUGCCUACCACCUUAGACGAGAGGAGACAGACUGGUUUGACAAACCUAGAGACGGACGGUCAGAGAAUGGACAAGAGAAGAGACAGGGAAAAGGCCCGUACUACCCCUUCCCUCACCUCAGGGUCAAACUACAGAGGGAUCCCAAAGACCGCAGUGUCUCAGGAAAUGGUCUGGGUAUCCGUGUGGUUGGAGGAAAAGAGGUACCAGGCAGUAAUGGAGACAUCGGAGCCUAUGUUGCCAAAGUCCUGCCCGGAGGAGCUGCAGAACAAACAGGAAAGAUUCUUGAAGGAAUGCAAGUCCUAGAGUGGAAUGGUGUUCUUCUGACGGGAAAAACCUAUGAAGAGGUACAAGGGCUCGUCGGGCAGCCGUGCAACGAAGCAGAAGUGUGUGUCAGACUCGAUCUUAACAUGCUGGCUGACUCUGACGGUUCUGAUCAUCUGGAUUUUCAAGAGCACGGCAAAGGUGACAGACCUCCCAGGUCUCCAGGUGUUGACCCCAAACAGCUGGCGGCUGAGCUGCAGAAGGUGUCCCAGCAGCAGGCUCCCACCUCCACCUCUUCCUCCGGUCUGCCGCCCACAACCUCGGCGACCUCCAGCCCCGCUCAGCCAGGAUCACCCUCCGUCAGCAAGAAACGCCACAGCAGCAAGACUGCAGAGGGAAUGAAGACCCAGUCCCACCCCAUCUCUGGAGAGAUAGAGCUUCAAAUCCACUAUGACAAGCAGCUUGGCAACUUGAUCGUUCAUGUCCUGAAGGCCAGAAACCUUGCCCCACGGGACAACAAUGGCUACUCUGACCCGUUUGUUAAAGUGUAUCUCCUACCAGGGAGAGGUCAGGUCAUGGUUGUCCAGAAUGCCAGUGCUGAAAACAAGAGGAGAUCCAAACAUGCAGGCAAGAGUCUCAACCCCGAGUGGAACCAGACUGUCAUCUAUAAAAACAUCCACCUGGAGCAACUGAGGAAGAAGACCCUGGAGGUGAGCGUGUGGGACUACGACAAGUGCUCCUCUAAUGAUUUCUUAGGAGAGGUCCUUAUUGACCUGUCCAACACAGCGCAGCUGGACAAUGUCCCUCGGUGGCUUCUCCUGAAGGAGCAGAGCGAGGGGGACCACCACCGGCGCUCUCACUCAGGUCAGGGCCGGCACACUUCCUCUAAACCCUCCUCACAGCACUCCUCCCCUAAAACCACUGGCUCCGCACAUGACAAUCAGGAUUCCCCAAAAUCGUCUGUCAUCAAGAGCCGAAGCCACGGGAUCUUUCCAGAUCCGGCCAAGGACACGCAGGUGCCUACUAUCGAGAAAUCUCACAGUAGUCCUGGCACAUCGAAGCCUUCCCCGUCCGAGGGCCAGAGCCAAAGCCAAAGCCACAGCCACAGCCACGGACACAGCCAACACUCUCGCUCGCACGGCGCUUCACGCUCCAGCAAAAGUGCCGCACGGCAACACCAUCAGGACAGCGGCACUGGAAGCGGUGGAGGCGCUGCCGUAGCAACGGGCGAUGCCCCACAGCAGUCACAGCAGCAGCCGCCUCAACGCCUCCAACCAACUCGGUCAAGCUACAGAUCCAGUGAUGCCCCAGUCACAGCAGCCUCAUUGGACAGCGGCCUGAGUGGGAGCGCCUACAGCCUAUUGGACGAAGGAGGAGAGACAAACGAGGUGGACAGUGCCAUCUUCCAAGUGCCCCGACUUGGAAAGAUCCCAAACGGCACAGACGUGAUGAAACCAUCAAUGGGACACGGUGACACUGAAGGUAAGUCCCAGGUAAUGGGGGAGAUAAAGAUUGCUCUAAAGAAAGAGAGUAAGACAGAGGGUGAGCAACUGGUCCUUGAGAUUCUUCAAUGUCGCAACAUCACCUACAAGUUCAAGACUCCAGACCACCUGCCUGAUCUCUAUGUGAAGCUCUACGUGGUGAACAUCGCCACCCAGAAAAGGAUCAUCAAGAAGAAGACCAGAGUGUGUCGUCAUGACCGGGAGCCAUCUUUUAACGAAACUUUCCGCUUCUGUAUGAACCCCGCCGGACAUUCUCUGCAGCUGUUCCUGGUGUCCAAUGGAGGCAAGUUUGUAAAGAAGACCCUGAUAGGGGAGGCCUAUGUGUGGCUGGACAAAGUGGACCUACGCAAGCGAGUGGUGAGCUGGCACAAGCUUCUCACCAGCACCGCCCAGAUCCACUCAUAGAGGAGACUCAAUCUGAAAAACAAAAACAAGCAGAGAAGAACAGGUUUCUGUCAUCUGGGAACACUUAGGUUCAACAUCUGUGACGCUGAUCCACUCUUGUUGGGUAGGGGAGAGGCUGGUUUGGGUACGGGAGGGGGGCAAUAUAUGUAUUACUUUAAUGUUUCUUUCAGGGCUCAGAGUUUUUGAAGAGGCGUAUGUUCGUCCUGAUGAUGAUUUCUGUCAUGCAGGAAGUUAGGAGGAAGUAGUUGUGCAUUUACUGGAAAUGAACACGAGUUUACAGGACGCACAGUGUACAGUUAGUGUGGCCAGGGCAGAGGAGAACACAGGUGCUGAGUUCAGAGGUCAAGCACGGAAUCAACCAGGUAUUACACACUUUAAUUCACAACACACACACACACACACACACACACACACACACACACACAUUUACAAUUGUUAACUAAUUUGCACACUCAUUCACGCAGAAGAGACAAUUUAAUUCUACAGGGAAUGGACACGCUUGUGGAUUCUAAUUUAUUUAUUUAGAUAUUUUAUCCAUGAAAGAUUUUCCUCAUUGCUUUAUUAUGAGCGCAGAGUUUUAUUGAUUUACAUAGCAUUUUGGGAAUGAAAUAUUACAGACUCCGCUACGGAGACCUUGUAUUUAUUUUUGUAUUAUAAUAUUUGGGUCGAGUUCUAUCAUUCGUCUUCUCCUCAAUUAUUUAAGUACUUACAAACAGGAAACAUAGUAUAUUUUAUAACACACUACCUAGCAUUCCGUUUCAAAAAAAAAAAAAAUCUCAGCAAGCAUGAAUUUAUUAACAAAAACAUCCCCUUGUUCACAUUGGACCCCAUCGUUUCUCUCCUUAAUUGUAAACUCAGUUCUAUGAAAUGAUAAUUAUUGUUUGAUAAUGAUCAAUAUUGAUAUACAUAUAUAUCAAAUUGGACACCAUAUAUUGUGCGCAUGAGUCCAUCUAUUUGGUGUGCAGUGGCACAUGUUCUGCACAAAAGAAAAUGACCUCUAAGGUUCAGUAUGUAAAUAGUGAAGUGUCAUAGCUGGAAAGUAAUAAUAACAUCUAUAAAUAAAUAUAUAGAUAUCUUUAUAGAGAGAUUAUCAUAGACAAUCGAGUCUUGAUGAUUGUGACUUAGAGGUUUUAUUUACCCAUGAUGCCCCUUAGAAUGUGAGACCUUUACCUUAUGAGAGUUUAUUUUUUUUUUGUGAGAUCCAGGUACAUUACGAGUCGUACAUCAGUCCUGCUUUUGUUCGUAGGAGCAGUCACCUCAACAACGCACGCUUUUGUGGUAUUUUGCACUUUUUUCUGCUUAGAAUGUAUAAACUGACAUCAUCAUCCUGCUUAAAAAACGAGAUAGCCAGGGAUUUUGUCUUUUCAGGGGGAGGAAGUAGAGAGGUAAAGUAAAGCUAUGACAAAAUCAGGAGAUAUUAUAGCGAACAAAAGACAAAUGUGCCAGAAACCAUCCAUGAAACGCACUAUCACCGUUCUAAGAUACAACAAUGCUAUUCCACAAGCAUGUUGAUGUUUCUCUAUGUGUUUAUAUUACCACUCAAUGUUAUGUCUUUAAAAGUUAACUCUGUCCAUUAUGUCUUGAAAAAGGUCAUUGUGUGUACUUGUACAGGGGUCAAGAGGCAGGACAGCUGGUUCAUUCAGCAUUUUUAGUCCAAUGUAGCAGUGAAAGUUAAUAUCUCAGCGGGUUCUAUUCAACAUCUACUGUCAAAAAGUGGUAACUGCAUCUUGACUUGCCAGAAAGGUGAGCGGAGAGAAAACAUUUGUAUUGAUUUUUCUUUUGGACUGUUGUGUUUUAAUGUCGUCCAUGAAAUGAUUAGUGCAUUGAUAUGAUUUAGUUUAGUUUAACAUUGUAUUUUGUAUCACUAUAUGAAUCUUUAUUUAUUGUCUGUGAGACUACGUCAUAUGUUGUGUUAUAUUUGUUUACAGGACAUAUCAGGUGUACAUAAAAAUAAGUUGAGGUAUUUUGUUUUUCUACACAAUGUAGUGCUUGUUUACAAGGUUAAGAGGGCCUAAAACUCAGAGAACCCACUUUCACUAACACACUCUCACAUACGGAAAAUUAACAUGCAUGGAUCCUAAAUUUCACAUAGUUCACGAUAAGAAAAAAAAAAGAAAUUCUAUUCAAAUGAUUCCCAUCUUUUUAUGCAUUCCUGCAUUGAAUAGUUACAUUUUCCAGUAUGUGUAUGAGAAAUCACCAAAAAAGACAAAAUUUUAAUCAAUGGACUUUAUUCCUGAAAUGAGUCGUUUUAUGGUCAGUGUGUGUGUUUUUUUUUUUUUUGUAUUUUUAUACCCAUGUGCUUGUGUGUAGCGUCUUCAUGCCAAGUCCAUGCAUGCCAUUGGCUCUAAUGCAUAUCUCUUCUUUUAAGUGUUGUCUGUCUAAAAUAAUUUACUUCAAAAUGUCUCGUAACACACAAUGAAUUACACGGUCUCACACACAAACGCACACACACACAGACACACAGACACAUGCUAUCUCUCUAUCCUUGUAAAUACAUAGCUUUUUAUACUGGGGUUUGGGAAGCAAUAGGUCUUUUAGCAGAUAAAAAAGGUGUGUGAUCAUAGAAGUAAAAGGGAAGUUGUUUUUCUCUUGAUCAAUGUACAGUGGAUGGACUGAGAAACAACCUUAUGUCUGUCUAUAGGGACCCAGAUUUACUCGACCCUUUACACCAAACACUUAAGGUUUACCAGAGUCUAUCUGCACAGAAGUCUAUCUUAACAACUCAAGCAGUUGCAGGAGAAUUUAAAUGUGCUCACACUGGAUGUUGCAUGUUUUGUUGGAGGUUCAUACUAUUUUUGUGUCCAGAUAUUGUUAAAGAAAAAAAUCUGAAUGAGGUAGAGAAAGAUAUAGAAGAAAAAUAGACUUAUAGAGGGUGAAUUAUGAAGAAAACCUAUUAAAGUUAUUGAUGAUGUAUGCUGACUGUACAAAGAUUAUGCUUGUAAAACCUGUAAGGUUUUUCACUUGUAAGUAAACAGAAAAAAAAUCUACUGUCAUGGUUUUGUGAUUGUACACAGGAGGUAUUGAUAAAUUAUGCAAAUUGUGCUGUAAAAAUGGCUGUUGCCCCAUGUCUAAAUAUUAAAUAUCGGUACAAAC